AUGGCUCCCAAGGAAAAACUUAUUUCGUAUGAGUCUGUCGAAGCAUCUGGAAAUGUGCUUAAGAAGGACGCAUCCCUAAAAGUACCUUGGUACUUUGCAAGUGGGUUUCUGUUGUUCUGGGUUCUCCUAUUUUUCGCCGUCAUGAUACCAUUCUUCUAUCGGUUACCGACGGCUUUAACAAUAGAAGAUGCAGAGGAAAAUGUGUUCAUUGCGGAACGGGCGUACAAAAACCUCUACACUCUGUCUAAUAUUGGUACCAAAUUGACUGGCAGUAAGGAAAAUGAGGUUGAGGCAGUAAACUUUAUUCUAAACGAGUUGACACAAAUAAAGGAAGAUAUGCUAGGGGAAUUUUUUGAGAUGGAAAUUGACUUAUCGAAAGUUUCUGGAGUUCUGGGAUCUGGUAGUACAUUUGACGUAUAUCAAGGCAUUCAAAAUAUAGUUGUUAAGCUAACGCCAAAAAGUACAAAGAGCGACUCCUACCUUCUAGUUAACAGUCACUUUGACUCCAAGCCGUUUACUCCAUCUGCCGGAGAUGCAGGUUUUAUGAUUGUCACAAUGUUGGAAGUCCUGCGUGUCAUUGCAACAACAAAGCAAGCAUUUGAACAUCCAAUCGUCUUUCUAUUUAAUGGAUCUGAAGAAGGCAAUUUGCAAGCUUCACAUGGAUUUAUAACACAGCACAAAUGGGCGCCAUAUUGCAAAGCUGUCGUUAACCUGGACGCUGCUGGUAGUGGAGGUCGGGAAGUUCUAUUCCAAAGUGGUCCCAAUCAUCCUUGGCUUGUAAAAUAUUACAAAGAAUAUAUCAAAUAUCCGUUCGCUACUACGAUGGCUGAGGAAAUCUUCCAAUCAGGCAUUAUUCCAUCGGAUACCGAUUUUCGACAGUUUAAAUCGUAUGGCAACAUCCCAGGUUUGGACAUGGCUCAAUUUAUUAAUGGAUACGUAUACCAUACAAAAUAUGACGUCAUCGAUGUAAUUCCUCGCGAAGCCUUGCAGAACACAGGGGAUAAUAUUCUAGGUUUGGUUCGUGGUUUAGCGAACGCAACUGAAUUGCGAGAUACAGAGGCAUAUAAGAGUGGAAACGCUGUUUUUUUUGAUUUUCUGGGACUCUACUUCGUCCAGUAUUCAGAGGCUACAGGAACAUGUUUGAAUUUCGGCGUUGCUGGAGCUGCCCUGAUUUUCAUUAUUGUUUCAAUGUGGCGUAUGGCAGCUAUUUCCCGCGUUUCCAUAUGCCACGUGGUGCGCUGGUUUAUAUUGGUCAUGAUCAUCCAAAUUAUUUCUUUUGUACUUGGACUGGCUCUUCCUAUAGUGGUGGCAUAUGUAUUUGAUAAUUUGGAACUAUCGCUCACUUACUAUAGUACUCCAAUGUUAGUGAUUGGUCUUUACGUGUGUCCCUCACUAAUUGGCCUCAGUUUGCCAUUAACAAUAUACUAUAAUCUCCAAGGCAACGAUAAAAUAUCAACUGCCUACCAUCUCCAACUAGCAUUGCAUGCUCAGGCCGUGAUACUGGCUCUUUUAACUAUUGGUCUUACAUUAUUUGGAUUGCGUUCUGCAUAUAUAUUCGUUAUUCCACUAAUUUUCUACGUGUUAUCUUUGGCCUUAAAUUUAUUGACCACUCUGCAUGAUCGUGGCUAUGCCUGGACGGGUCUGCUUAAGGCAAGCCAGAUAAUUCCUUUCCUCUACAGCAGCUACCUCUUUUAUAUAUUCGUUGUAGCGCUUACGCCUAUGGGUGGGCGUGCGGGUAGUUCCUCCAAUCGGGACUUAUAUAUUGCUGUCCUGGCAGCAGCAGGAACGGUUCUAUCAUUUGGUUUCUUGAUCCCGCUAAUCAAUGCUUUCCGACGACCCAGUUUUGUGGUGUUCUCUCUGCUUGCAAUCACAGCCGUCGCUAUGUACUUAGCAAGUAGUACACAAAUAGGAUUCCCGUAUCGACCGAAGACCAACGGACAGCGGAUUGCCUAUCUGCAAGUGCGAAAUAUGUUCUACGAGUACGAUGGCACUCUUAGUAAGGACGAGUCGGGCUAUCUGUUUAAUUUUAUGGAUCGGCGUGAAGAAAAGCCACUCUUGGGUACAAAUGUCAAUCUGACUGGAUUGGUUAGCAUGAAAUCAAAGUGUGAGACCCACAUGAUGUGUGGCAUGCCCUUGUAUAGUUAUGGAUAUAUUCAGCAUCGACUUCAAAAUAAAUGGUUGCCACGAUCUGAACCCAUCGAAACCCCAGCAUCGACCGCAUUGCAGAGGUUAAGCAAAACAGCUGUCAACGCCACAACUGUGCGCUUCGAAUUCAAUUUGACAGGCCCCUCGCACAUGAGUUUGUUUAUUGAACCCUAUGAAGAUGUGACGUUAAGUAAAUGGUCAUUCGUGAGCGACGGUCAGGUGCCAUCAGCUUCCCAGCUACCCUAUUCAAUAUUUUUUACAUACGGCAUUGAUAGCUCUCCAAUAAACUUCUUCUUGGAAUUAACGAAACCAAAUGGUAAUUUCAACGUGCCAUUAUUUCAAUUGGGAGUGUCAAGACAUUAUAUUACAAAUGAAGGUGAUGCCCAAAGCGUGAAGUUCGCGUCUUCAUUCCCUUCAUAUGCAAUUCUGGUGCAGUGGCCCGCAUUAUACCAAAGAUACAUUUUCUGAAUUAACAAAAAUAUUCUUAUCAAGGCUGCAAGCCGGUUCGAAUCUGAAGCUCUAA